UCUGUUUUCGUGGGCGCUUAUUUGUUAGCUGAGAAAUUUUCAGCAGCUUCAGACAAAAUAAAUUUAAUGUUGAUUAAUUCUAUUUUAAACAAUUUUAUUUUUUCCAUUAUUCAUUGUAAAUUUUAAUUGUUGUUCCAUGUAAAUACAUCUGGUUUCACUAUGCCAGGAUAUCUUAAAUUCAUCGAACUUGAAAACUUCAAGUCUUACAAGGGACAACAAAAGGUUGGCCCAUUGAAACCUUUUACCGCGGUUAUUGGACCCAAUGGAAGUGGUAAAAGUAACUUUAUGGAUGCAAUUAGUUUUGUGCUUGGUGAAAAGGCAUCCAAUUUGAGAGUUAAAAAAUUAUCUGAACUGAUCCAUGGAGCAUCAAUAGGUCGCCCUGUCAGUAAUUCAGCAUCGGUCACUUUGGUGUAUGAAGACUCCGAGAGUGGUCGACAGACAAGGUUUUGUAGGUAUGUGCAAGGAGCCAGCUCGGACUAUAAGAUUGACAACAAUCCAGUGUCAAAACAGGAUUAUGCCAAAAGGUUAGAAACUCUUGGAAUUAACGUGAAAGCAAGAAAUUUUCUUGUCUAUCAAGGAGCUGUGGAGUCAAUUGCCAUGAAAAAUCCACGGGAAAUUACUUCACUGUUUGAAGAAAUAUCUCACUCUAAUGAGUUUAAAGAGUCUUACAUCAAUGAAAAGACUACAAUGGAUCGCAGUGAAGAAGAGUUACAUCAUAUGUUUGUCAAAAAGAAGGGUAUUGCUGCAGAAAAGAAGGAAGCUCAAGGCGAGAUCAAUGAAGCUAAGAGAUAUCAAACUCUUAAAGAGGAACUUCAUAUUUUACAAGUUAACCAGCAACUUUUCAAAUUGUAUCAUAUACAAAAAGAAAUAGAUGGUCUACAAAGUGACUUGAAAAAGAAAAGAGAUGAUUUGGAUGUACAGGUUCGCAAGAAAGAAAAAGCAGAAGAAGAAAUUAAGAUCAAAAGGCAAAAUCUUAAUAAAAUAACAAAAACAUUGGCCAAUAUCGACAAACAAAUUCGAGAUGUAGAACUGAAUUUGAACAAGAAACGACCUGCAUACAUAAAAGCUUAAGAAAAUGCUUCUCAUAUCGAGAAAAAAUUACAAACAGCCAAAAAAUCAUUGACUGCUGCCAAAAAAGCUGACGAGAAUCAUCAAGAAGCAAUCAUGGAAUUAACUAAAGAACUGGAAAAAGUUAACGAGAAAAUUGCAGUCUUUGAAAGUGAGAUGAAAGCUGAAGAUGCGAACAAAAACCGGGAAAUCGUUCUUGAAGAAUCUCAGAGGCGAGAAUACAAUAGGUUGAAAGAAGAAGCUACUCGUUUGUCUUCUAAGUACUUGAAUGACUUGGAUUCAUUGGAGAGAAAGCAAAAGGCUGACUCUGACAAAUACGAACAAGAACAAAGAGACCAACAACAAAUCCAGUCCAGAAUAAGAGUUUUGCAAAAUGAACUCGAAGAAAAUAUGAAAAGAAUUGACAAGCUUAAAGAUAACAUUUCAAUGAGUGAACAAAGUCUCAGUGAGUUAAGAAAAAAGGAGAAAGAAAUCGACGAAAUUGUCAGAUUUGCGAAAGAACGAGUCACCACCAUCAAUAAGAAACUUGAACAAAUAAACGGUGAAUUGGGAGAUGCCAAGGUUGACCGUCACGAAGAUGAAAGAAGGAGAAAGAAGGCUGAAGUUGUUGAUCAUCUAAAGAAACUCUAUCCCGGUGUUUACGAUCGUAUGUUAAAUCUUUGUAAACCCAUUCAUAAGCGUUACAACAUGGCUAUCACCAGAGUUAUGGGUAAACACAUGGAGGCAAUUGUUAUAGAUAAAGAAGAGACUGCUCGAAGAUGUAUUCAAUACCUCAAAGAUCAAAUGAUGGAGCCUGAAACUUUUCUACCUCUUGACUAUAUCGAAGUGAAACCUUUGAAAGAACGUCUCCGAAACAUUCAAAGUCCAAAAGGUGUGAGACUUGUUUAUGAUGUUUUGAAAUACGAUCCUCCGCAAAUUGAACGAGCUGUUCUAUUUGCCACCAAUAAUGCAUUAGUCUGUGAAACUCCUGAGGAUGCUGCUCAAGUUGCUUUUGAUUUGGGUGAUGGUCGUCGUUAUGAUGCUGUUGCACUAGAUGGUACUUUCUAUCAGAAGUGUGGUUUCAUCUCUGGAGGUUCCGCAGAAUUAGAAAGAAGAGCCCGUAGAUGGGACGAAAAAGAAGUCCACAAAUUGAAAUAUGAAAAAGAAAAAUUAGCUGAAGAAUUGAAAGAACAGCUAAAGAAAACUCGUAAAGAAAGUGAUCUAAUGGUAAUUCAAAGCCAAAUUAAAGGUUUGGAAACCCGUUUACGUUACUGUAGGAUCGAUAUGCAACGUAUAUGCAACCACGCACACAACCAACACUUAUAGUAAGAUACACUCACACACAUACAUACACUUUGUGACAAUCGAUAUGCCUUUUUAGUAACAACCGAUGAUUUUGACUCAAAGACUUCUCUUAUUUUACCCAAUUCACUUGAAAUUGUGUUCUUGUUUGACCAUCUCUUUCAGUGUUGACCACAUUCUCUUGAUUUUUUCAAUAAAUUGUUGCGAUCCGCAAUUAUCUCAUUCCUUGACUUCAAAUUUAAAUUACGAUCGAUGUUAUGCAUCUGUAAUUUCAUUGUGAACUAUUUUGAGGCGCAAUUGCUUCAAUG